AUGGCUAUGACUGUGUGCAACUCUUGGAACCCAUUAGUCCCGUCAAGUACUAUUCUUCUUUGUUCUCUCUUCUUCUUCACCCUUUACUAUUUCCCUCUUCAAGCAAAUUCACUAUGCUUCAACUUCACGAAGAUUGAUCAAAAGCGUGAAAAUAUCGACAUAAUAGCUGAUCCACCUGCUUAUAUCAACGAAGAUGGCAUCCAAGUCACCCCAAAUGACCGGGGCUUGAACCGAUUGCAAAAAGCUGGUCCAGCCAUGCAUAAAGAUCCUCUUGUGAAAAAUAAUGUGAGAACAGGGCAAUUCAAUUUGACUUUGCAAAUCGAUAAGAAGAGGAUGGGUGAAAACAACAAAAAGGCACUGGGGGUGGUUGUCGGCUCAUUUAUUUUGGUUAUUAGUGUGUUAGCUUUGCUUGGAUUUGUGUUGUGGAACAAAAGUAGUAAUAAAGCAGCAAAAAAAGAAGAUGAGCUUGCUAUUGAAUUAUCCGUGGACAAUGAAUUCGAGGUAGGUACCAGACCAAAGAAGUUUUCAUAUGGUGAAUUAAAUCAUGCAACAAACUACUUUGCGAAGGAACAGAAGCUUGGAGAGGGAGGAUUUGGUGGGGUUUAUAGAGGUUUCUUGAGGGAAUCCAACCUCCAUGUUGCUGUGAAGAGAAUAUCUAAGGGAUCAAAACAAGGAAUAAAGGAGUACAUAUCAGAAGUGAAGAUCAUUAGUCGGUUGAGGCAUAGAAAUUUGGUCCAACUACUUGGCUGGUGUCAUGAAAAAAGAGAAUUCUUACUUGUUUAUGAGGUCAUGGAAAAUGGAAGCUUAGAUUAUCAUCUCUUCAAAGAAAAAAGUUUAUUGACAUGGGCAAUAAGGUACAAAAUUGCUAAAGGCUUGGCCUCAGCAUUGCUCUAUCUGCACGAAGAAUGUGAACAAUGUAUAGUACACAGAGAUGUAAAAUCAAGCAAUGUCAUGUUGGAUUCAAAUUUCAACCCUAAACUUGAGGAUUUUGGAUUAGCGAGGCUUGUCGACCACGAUAAGGGGUCACAAACAACAAUUUUGGCAGGAACAAUAGGUUACGUGGCACCAGAAUGCCUAGUUACAGGCAAAGCCAAUAAGGAAUCAGACGUCUUUAGUUUUGGAGUUGUGGCACUAGAAAUAGCAUGUGGAAGAAAACCCAUUAGCUUGAAGGUCCCAAAAAGUCAGAUGAGAAUGGUAGACUGGGUUUGGGACCUCUAUGGUACUGGUAGGCUUCUUGAGGCGUUGGAUUCGAAGAUAUGUGCUGAUUUCGUUCAAGAAGAAGUGGAAUGCUUGAUGAUUGUUGGGCUUUGGUGUGCUCACCCAGAUCACAAUCUCUGACCUUCAAUUAGGCAAGCAAUUCAUGUGCUAAAUUUUGAAGCUCCAUUGCCCAUUCUCCCUACCAAAAUGCCUAUGCCAACAUAUUUUGCUCCUUCGAUGACUAGUUCUUCAUCUUUGGCUUCUUUAACAAAUGGCUCCACUGCAACUUCUAAUCCUCGGCAUCAUAUUUGCAUACAUCAUCAAUAAGUUGAUUCAUAUAGUUUCUAGUACAAUAUUUUAAUGUAUUUGAGUUGAGUACUAGCACUACAACAUGUAAGACUUUUGGCGACCAAUUAUUUUGGUCCCUAAAACCAUUAAUUUGGUCUCUAAAUAGUUUUUGUGACAAAAUUAAAUUUGUCACUAAAAAAGUCACUAAAAGUGCGUCUAGAAAAGUCUUUAACGACGAAUUUUUGAAAAUGUCACUGAAAAUGACAAUUAGCGACCAAUUUUAUAUUGUCACAAAAUGUUUGAUAUUGCAAAACUAAAACAUUUUGUCACUAAUACUUUGUCACAAAAUGUCUCCAUUUGGUCGCAAAAAGCAAAAUAAUGACCUUUUUAACAACAAUUAUAUUUGGUCGCUAAAGGUUUGAAAUAACAUUUUGAAAACUUUCAAUUUCAUAGCUACAAAUUGACAUCCACAGCCCAAAUCUAUCUCUGUAUAUAGAAAAAAACAAGAUCAAAUCUUGCACACAAGAUCAAAUCUAUUCUUGUAUAUACAAAAAACAAAUUACAAAAAUCAAAACUCUAAGUAUCCAAAUUCACUUCAACAUAGUUCAUUACAUGAGUUAAAUCCCAAAACAAGAUCAAAUAAGUUCAACAUUGUAUGAGUUAGAACUCUAUGACAACUUCAACUUUGCCUUUCUCUCGCACCACCUCAUCACUAGUUCAGUUACAAGAGCAACAUGCCCUAAACAAUUAGUUGUUUCACGACCACAAAAGCUUAUCACCAUCUAUAGUCAUAGAGAAAGGAUGAAAAUC